AUGGUCAAGUUGAUUAAUGAAGAAUUUUCAUGGUAUAAUCAGUUUCAGACUCAAGCUCCACAGCCUUAUAUUGGUACUCUUGUUCAGAGAGGUACUUCCAGUGCAUAUCUCUCUUCUUCUCGUCCCUGGAUAAUUGAUUCAGGUCCAUCGGAUCGCAUGUUUGGUGUUUUAGGUAUAUUUUCUUCUUUCAAGGAAUCCUCUACUAAUGUAAUGUUGGGCAAUUGUUCAAUUGUUAAGGUCAAUGGCAUUGUCACUGUUUGUCUUAAUUCUUCCUUAUCGUUAUCAUCAGUUCCUUACUUGCCGCAGUUAUCGUUUAACUUUCUGUUUGACCGUAUAAUGAAGAAGAUGCUUGGUAGAGCUUCAUCUCAUUGGCCGUUGUUUCAUCUUGAUGUGAAUAAUGCAUUUCUUCACGGAGAUUUGCAUGAGAAGGUGUAUAUGGAGAAAACUCCAGGGUUUACUGAUGUGGUUUGUGCAUUUGGGUUGUCAAGGUGUGACAAUAAUCAUUCUGUGUUCUAUCGGAGGUCUGGUGUAGGGAGGAUAUUUCUGAUUGUAUAUGUUGAUGACAUUGUCAUUACUGGAGAUGAUGUUGAAGGAAUCCAAAGUUUGAAAGCACAUUUGCAGCACAUUUUCAAACUAAGAUCUAGGAAGGUUGAAGUACUUUCUAGGGAUUGA